AUGUUGCUGCCACGUGGCGUUCACGUGCCCAGCGACGGCGCGCAGUGCGGUGGCCGCGAUUUCACCACAGGAUGCGCGGGAGACCGCGACGGCAUGGGCGCAGCAGAGCCGGCUCGGCGCGGCGGCUGUAGCACAGAUAGCGCUACAGGUGGCGCGAUAGGUAGCGGCUGUAGCGGCGCCGACCGCGUCGCGAGCGGGCGAUGCGCUGGCAGUAGCGACGGCGGACACGAACUAGUUCAGUCUCGAGCGAGCGCCGAAAGGCGGCAGCGUGGAAGCAGCGAAUGCUGGUCCGCGGAGCCAAACAGACAGUUGGGUACUGAUAGCGUCGAGGACUCGCGCCAACGGAGCAGAUUAGGCGGCAACAGAUGCGGCAGGCUGUGCGCGCAGCACGUGGCGGAGCGGCAGCUGCGGCUGCUGCGCCCCGCGCUGCUGCUGCUCGCUCUGCUGUCGUGCGGCCUAUCGCCACUCCCGCCCCUGGCAGGGCCGCUCGCUCCAGCCAGUGAUGCUCCCGCGCGCACCCGCCGCUCCGCACUGCUUGUGGGCGCCACCCGAGCCUACUUCCCCUUCUUCCCCUCCUUCGCGCAGGUAGGCAGUGACAAGUCCUCGUCAAGCAAUGACACGUCAUCGUCAGGCAGUGACACGUCAUCGUCAGGCAGUGACAAGUCCUCGUCGAGCGGUCACACGUCAUCGUCAGGCAGUGACAAGUCAUCGUCACACAAUGACACGUCAUCGUCAGGCAGUGACAAGUCCUCGUCGAGCGGUGACACGUCAUCGUCAGGCAGUGACAAGUCAUUGUCACACAAUGACACGUCAUCGUCAGGCAGUGACAAGUCCUCGUCGAGCGGUGACACGUCAUCGUCAGGCAGUGACAAGUCAUCGUCACACAAUGACACGUCAUCGUCAGGCAGUGACAAGUCCUCGUCGAGCGGUGACACCUCAUCGUCAGGCAGUGACACGUCCUCGUCAGGCAGUGACACGUCAUCGUCAGGCAGUGACACAUCAUCGAAUUCAAGCGAACCAUCCACUGACAGCAACGGCGGCGGAAGCGACACGGGCGGAGGGGGGCAGUCGGCGGAAGGUUGGCGCGCGCCGUGGGCGAAGGGCGGAGUGGCGGAGGCGGAGACGGUGCAUCUGGUGCUCACGCGCGGAGCGCGAGCGGCGCAAGCGGAGCCCACACCAGCGGCGGACGCGGCGGUGGUGGCGGCGGGGCUGCCGGAGCUGCCGCGAGUGGGGCUGAAGAACGAGAUCCGCUACGAGUACGGCGACGCGCGGGACAGCGCGUUGCUCAGGGUGAGUCGUACGCGUUUCCAGCUGCUCAUCCCUGUCUGCCCCUUUACCCACCCCCCAGCAGCCCUUUCCCUCCGGCUCAUACUCCUCUUGUUUCCCCCCCUCCCCCCUUCCCCCUUCCCCCCCUCCCUCCUUCCCCCUUCCCCACCUCCCCCUUCCUCACUUCCCCCUUCCCCCCCUCCCACUUCCCCCCUUCCCCCUUCCUUCCCUCCCCCUUCCCCCCUUCCCCGUUCCUCCCCUCCCCCUUCCUUUUGUCUCCCGUCCCUCCCUCCCCUCCGCCAGACGACCAUGUACACGGCGGUGGGGGCGAGUCGCGACCCCGCAGUGGGGAGAGCGGGAGUGGGGAGGGGAGGAAGUGGUACGGCUGGGGAUGGGCGGGCGGGAGGGCUGGGUUGGAAACGCAUGGAGGCGUGGAGAGGGCUAGACGGCGACAGGGAAGGGGGGAGGGAUGGUGGGGGAAGACAUGGGGAAGGGCGCAGGUACCGCACGGAGGUGCGAGUGGUCGCAGCAACCAUUCAGCGCGCUGGUCGAUACGGCGUCCCACCUGCUCUGCCUACCCUUCACUCAUCGCUUUCCCCCUGUCUCUCCCCUGACUCUCCCCCUUCUCCUCUCUUCCGUCCCCUCUCCUCUCCCUUCUCCCUUCUCCCUUCUCCCUUCUCCCUUCUCCCUUCUCCCUUCUCCCUUCUCCCUUCUCCCUUCUCCCUUCUCUUCCCCUUCCCGCCCACCAGCAGGUACCACACGGAGGUGCGAGUGGGGUCAUCACAGCAGGCGUUCAAAGUGAUGGUGGACACAGCGUCCGACCUGCUCUGGCUGCCCUGCGACUGCGUGCGCUGCACCGAUGGACCCUCCUCCUCCUCCACGCCAACCCCGUUCAACCCAGCGGAGUCCACCACGCUCACCACCAUGCCCUGCGACUCCUCCUCCUGCUCCGCCUGGGCGGACGACCGCUCGCUCUCAGUGGGCUGCAGCAUCGCACCGGACCUACCCACACCGGACUCCACGUGCCAGUACGCGCUGGUGUCCAGCUCCCCCCAGGGCAGCUCAGCGGGCAACCUGGUGCGCGACGAGGUGCAUCUCAGCCUCGAGGACGGCAGCUUCCUCGCUCCCAACCUCACCUUCGGCUGCGGGCGCUAUCAGUCAGGGCUGCUGGGCACAGAGAGCGGCGCCCCAGGAGGCGUGCUGGGGCUGGGCGCAAGGCGCUCUCACUGCUCUCCCAGCUGCCCCUCCCACUCCAUCCCCUUCCGCACCCUUCCCCCCUCCCCCACCCGAUCCCUCCGUCCGCACCCCACCCUCCCUCCUUCCUUCCUCAGCUGUGGGCGGUAUCAAACGGGAGUGCUGGCAACAGACAACGGUGCCCCAGGGGGCGUGUUGGGGCUGGGCACGGGGCCGCUCUCACCGCUCUCCCAGCUGGCGGAGAGCGGGGUGGUGCCGCGAGCGGGCUUCGCACUGUGCCUGGAGGGGGACGAUGCCUCUGCUGCUGGGGGGGGAAGCCACCUGCUGCUGGGGACCACGGACGCCGGGCCUGCUAGCGGGUCAGCCCGCGUGUACAAGAACAGCCUCAGCCCGUUCUUCUAUGUGAAGAUAAAGGACAUGCAUCUCGGCACAGCGGACCUGGUGGUCACGCCCUCCAUGUUCCCACCGCUCUCCUCUGCGGGGGCGGGCGGCACAGCGCUCGACUCCUCCUCUGCUGCCUCCGUGCUGCCCCGACCUGCCUACAUGGCACUCGCCACCGCUUUCCUGGUGCAGUACCCACUCAUGAAGUUUGCGUCGUCAGAGAGCGCACAGGAGGGGCUGGACUGCCUUGACGCCAACGACUACCACCAGGCAUCCAUGACCCCCGCGGAGUUCCUACAGCAGUUUCCACCGCUCACGCUCGUGCUGGCAGGCGGCAAGGGCAGCGCUGAUUUCACCAUCGCGCCCACCAACUACCUCAAGAUUGUGGCGAGCAGCCCACACGUGGUGUGCUUCACAGUGCGCAUGGCGAGCAGUCAGGCGGAGCGGGCAGUGAUUGGUGACCCGUGGAUGAGAGACAAGUACCUCGUCAUUGACACUCACAAAGAUACACUCUCCUGGAUCGAUGCUAACUGCACCACAGGGCUUGCCAUUAUCCGCAACACCACUGACAGCACCACCAACACCUCCUCCUCGUCCUCCUCCCUUCCUCCCUCCUCCCCAGGGCCCGCCGGCCAGCCGCAGCCAUCUCUCAACUCCUCCUCCACCACCCCCCCAAGCGGCUCCACCAGUCCCUCACAGGGCUUCCCCCCCUCCAUCUUCGACUCUAGCCCCGGCCCCACUGCUGCUCCCCCCGCCCCCACUGCUGCUCCCCCCUCCAUCGCCCCGCCCUCCCUUUCCCCCCCCUCCCUGCCUCCCCCAAGCCCCCCCCCUCCACCACCACCCCCGCCCCCAAGCCCCCCUCCUCCCAACAACCCUCCCCCGAACCCCCCCCCUCCUCCCAACAACCCUCCCCUGAACCCCCCCCCUCCGCCCAACAACCCUCCCCCAGCCAAUCCUCCCCCUCCGCCGGCCUCUCCGAAUGAGCCCCCCCUAGCGGGAUGCCAGCCGUCCCCCACGGACUGUGCCUUCUUCUUUGCGGGCCACGAGGGGCAGGUCCCCACCUUCUCCAUCCAGCCGCGCCAGGGCGACGCUGUGCUGUCAACGAGUGAGCUUAAAACGAGUAUAAUGGGCAGCGACAUCCAGGUGCUGGCGGGCAACUCGGGCGAGGCGCAGAUCCUGUGUGCCGAGGGCCAGGGUGCCGGGGCGGGUCUGGGGGGUGGUGGUGGCUCGGGGCUGACGGCAACGGCAGCCAUGGCUAUGAACGAUGGUGCUGUGACACAGGACAUUGGCAACCAGCUGUACAUCACCGGCACGGUGCGUCAACUGAGGGGGGGAGUGGGGGUUGAUGACGUGCAGCAGCGCACGUUCAACCGAAUCGAGAACCUGUUCGCGCUGCGCAACGCGUAUGUGAAGCUGCGGGUGACGGCAGCGGAGAUGGACGUGUUUGGCAUGACGGUCAACAUGAACCCCGGCGACGGCAACUCCUACUUCCCCGAGGACAAGCGCUGUGUGCUCUUCAAAACCAAACUGCCUGACGGCUGA